AUGCACUUCACCAACUUUGCUCUGGGCUUCCUGCCGCUUGCGUUACUGACAGCGAGCUAUCCAGUUACAUCAUCGAGUAAGCUGCUGGAUGUCUCUCAGGUGACUGGCCUCCAGCAUCUGGCCGCCUAUCUUAAGAGCCACUCGGGGUCUUCUCCUGCUCUUACCAAGCGGGCGGACGAUAGCUCUGCCUCCAGACUGACUAUCGAGUUUCCCGGCGAGGAGAACGCGACCGACUCGACCAUCGCCAAGCGGGCGGAUGACAGCUCUUGA